GGUACCGGCCGUGUGAGGCGGGAGCGCGUCCCGGCCGCCCGCGGCUCCUCCGCCCGCCCGGCCCCGCUCCCGCCCCGCAGCCGGCGGGAUGCUCAGAUCCACCGGCUACUUCCGCGGCAUCGACUGCCCGUUCCUCAACGCCGGGGGGUCGGGACCGGGUCGGGGGUGCCGCAGGCCCUACUGCCACUUCCGGCACCCCCCGGUGGCCCCGGCGCCGUGCGGAGCCUCCGGAGCCUCAAGCGACCCCAGCGUGGGGCUCCCGCUCGGACACGGCGCAGAGCGAGGCUAUGAUCCCUACAACCCCGAGCUGCCCAGGCCCUCGCUGGAGGAUGGCUUUCUGGCUGACAUUACAGAUGUCACACCCGGAAUUCUGGAGCUGGAGCUGGUCAACAAGGCCAUUGAGGCAGUGAAGAACGAAGUGGAGAGGGAGCAGAAGAAGUACGAGGAGCUGCUGGAAACCACAAAGGAGUUUGGUGCUUCAGAGGGCUCCUCACUCAUUUCAAACACACCCGUGUCAGCUGCUGGGCCUCAGAAUGAUUCCUUUGCCUCCUUGGAGUAUAAUCCAGGGAGCUACAACUUCAAUAACUCGGACUACAACCCCACUCCUCUGGCUGCUGCUGGCCGGUCCAGUAAAUACACUUUGGAUUCCUCCCGCUCCAAAGGGAGCUCACUGGAGUAUGUCCCCAAGGCUGUAGUACAGAAUAAAAAGUACAGCAGCACUGUCACUAACAACAAAUACGUGAUUGAUGACUCCAAGCCUUCCACAGACUUGGAAUAUGACCCCCUUUCCAAUUACUCUGCCAGGCUGUUGGGCAAAGCCACGACCAAGGGGUCCAAAAGGGAAAGGGCCUCUGAUUAUGAGGACUCCUACUCUCCAUCACGGAAGAAGCUCUGCGAAGAUCCCGAUGAUGAUGAGGUGUUGGCCAGGUUCUCCUCCUCUGAAGAUGAGGCUGAGGUAGAAUAUAAAACAGCUUCUGGUAGUUCACCCUCAAAAGCUGGUUCUGAGAGUGAGUCAAACGAGUUCUCCAGCAAAGAGCAGAGCACAAAAGUGGAUGGCUCUGCUUCCCAGGAGAGCAAAGAAGCAGCACAGCACAGGGAGGACCUUCCAAAUUCACAGAAAAACCUUGCCAAGAACUCAUCAGACAAGAGCUCAAAGGCAGCGAAGUUGUGUUCUGGUAAGAACAACAAGGAAAUUGAAAAUAAAAACAGAGACUCCAAAGACAAAACAAAAAAGAAGAAAACUGAUGUUAGUAAAGCACCAGGCCUCAGUGAGGCUGGGAAGAAGGAGAAAAAUAAAAAUGCAGACAAAGACAAAGUGCUCAAGAAAGAAGAAAAAUUAAAAACCAAGAAUGAAGAGAAAAACUGCAAAGACAAAAGCGUCAAAGUGAAAACAGAUGGGAACUUGAAGAAACCUGAAAAACAGAAGUCAGAAAAAGUGGAUGGGUGUAAGAAAGAAAAAUCCAAGUCCUCCACCAGCAGUUCAGGAAAGAGCAAGAGCGAGGGUGUCACCAAGGGCACAGAGAAGGUGGGGAGCAGCAAGAAGGAUUCGCAGAGCAGAACAGCUGAUGUGAAAACUGGCAAGGAAAGAUCUGGUCGUAAAAACAAGGAGAAAGGGACCAAGACCUCCCUGGAGCGAAAGAAAGACAAGGUCAGUUGUGCAGGACAAGGAGACCCCAAGAAGGGUCGGAAGCAGCAGAGUUUGAGCCACGUGGACCUGUUUGGAGAUGAGAGUGGAGAUGAGGAUGACAAAGGCCGGCCUUUGUCCUCCUCCUUACUUGAUGUGAGCUCGGACUUGGACGGGGCUGACUCUGGCUCAGCCUCUGACAGUGACAAGGACAGGAGGAAGAAAGUGAAGCGCUCAAAGCUGUCCAAGUCCUCAUCAUCUUCCUCAACAUCUGAUGACAUUGAUUAUUCCAUCCUUGAGAAAGAUGUGGACUUCGAGUCAGAUCCCAUGGAGGAGUGUCUGAGGAUCUUUAAUGAAUCUAAAGAUGUGAAAACUGAAGACAAGGGAAGGCUGGGCAAACAGCCAUCCAAAGAGGAAGCAAAUGAAGAAAAGACAGAAGAUAAUUUAACUACCUUGUUUCCUGGCCAAAAAAGAAGGAUCUCUCAUCUUGUCAAACAAGGAAAUGCAGAGGCCCCGAGCAAGCCGGUGGUGCGGCCGUACCGUCCCCCCACGGCCCAGGAGGUGUGUUACCAGAGGAUCCAGCUGGCUCAGCAGCAGGCAGCACAGCUGGUUGGGACUGUUCAAAAGACCUCUCUCUGUUUGCCAGGAGAAAAGAGGAGGAUUGCUCACGUGCCAAAUGCAGCCCUCACCGCAGCAGCCAAGCAAAGCCUCGGGAGCAGUAAGGCGACUGUUGGUGGCAGGAGUGUCACACCUUCCAAUGACUCUGAAGCCCCCACCCUUCCUCUGAAGCCUUGCACUUUGGCUGGGAUGGCUUCCAAGACCACCAGCACCAUCGUGCCCAAAAGGGUAGCACAUGUUCCCUCCUUACAGAGCACCACUUUACAGAGGCCUGUUAUUCCCACAGAAUUUGGUGCUAAAGUCCCAACCAACAUUCGCCAGAGGUAUCUCAAUCUCUUCAUUGAUGAGUGCCUGAAAUUCUGCUCCUCCUCCCAGGAAGCCUUCGACAAGGCCCUGGCAGAGGAGAAGGUGGCCUAUGAGCGCAGCACCAGUCGCAACAUCUACCUGAACGUGGCCGUGAACACCCUGAAGAAGCUCCGCAGCCUCGUGCCCAACUCCCCAGCCAGCACCAACAAGACAAGUAACAAGAAGGUGGUGUCCCACGAGGCUGUGCUGGGAGGGAAGCUUGCUGCCAAGACCAGCUUUACUCUGAACCGCUCAGGGAGCCUGAGAGCCGAGGAUCUGACAGGAGCUGCCCUGUACCGGCGCCUCAAGGAGUACCUGAUGACUGAGGAGCAGCUCAAGGAGAACGGGUACCCAAUGCCUCACCCUGAGAAGGCUGGACGUGCUGUGCUCUUCACUGCAGAGGAGAAGAAAGUGAUUGACUCCUCGUGCAGGAUCUGCUGUCGCUGUGGCACCGAGUACAUGGUCUCAGCCUCGGGGAGCUGCAUCCGCAAGGAGGAGUGCGUCCAUCACUGGGGGCGGCUGCGCAAGCAGAGAGUGCCAGGUGGGUGGGAAACCCACUACAGCUGCUGCUCUGGAGCUGUGGGGUCACCAGGCUGCCAGGUUGCUAAACAACACGUGCACGACGGACGCAAGGAGAGCCUGGAUGGCUUUGUGAAGACUUUUGAGAAGCUGCCCACGACUGAUGGCUACCCUGGGAUCUACGCCUUAGACUGUGAAAUGUGCUACACUAAGCAAGGACUGGAGCUGACAAGAGUAACUGUGAUCAACUCGGAGCUGAAAGUGGUGUACGACACCUUUGUCAAGCCAGACUCCAAGGUGGUGGAUUACAACACCAGAUUCUCAGGUGUGACAGAAGAGGACCUGGAAAACACGAGCAUCACCCUGCGGGAUGUCCAAGCCGUCCUACUGAACAUGUUCAGUGCAGACACCAUACUGAUAGGGCACAGCUUGGAAAGCGACUUAUUUGCACUAAAGCUGAUCCACGGCACCGUGGUGGACACAGCCAUCGUGUUCCCCCACCGCCUGGGGCUGCCCUACAAGCGGGCCCUGCGCACACUGAUGGCCGACUACCUCAAACGCAUCAUCCAGGACAACGUGGAAGGACACGACUCCAGUGAGGAUGCCAGAGCCUGCAUGGAGCUGAUGGUGUGGAAGAUCAGAGAGGAUGCCAAGGUGAAGCGAUGACCUGCGUUGUCUCUCUGCUGUUCUCCUGCACCUCUGUGAAGAAGCAGUGCAAUAAAUGCCCACAGCCACUCUGUC